AUGUCUAGUAUUGCAUAUAGACCUAGUGAGUGUAACAGGUUUCGUAGUACAUCCUCAACAGAUAAGUUGCAAGAUACAAGACAAACACUGUUGUGUUUCACACGUUUGCAAGAAGUCCAUAAAAUGAUGAACUGUGAAUCAGUGAGCAAGUUUAGUGAUAAGCUAAAUGUGAAAUCAAGGUCUGACUCCGAAUUGUGUGACGAUAACGGUGUGAUCAAGAAGCCUGUAUUUGCAACUGAGUCCAGUUCUGACUCCACAAGUUUACAAGGUAUUACUAGUCAGAGUGAAGGUAUAAAAUCUUUAGGGAUUUGUGAGGUAGAACGCGAAUCAUCUAUUGUUGUUAUUAAAGGGUUUAAAAAUGAUGAAGUUGACCAGGUAGAUGAUGGUAAAUGGAAUAUUUGUGAUAAUGGUCGUGAUAGUGCAGACUUUUCUUCGGUUGAUCAUGAUGAAAUGAGGGGACUGCCUACUACUGCUAGGUUAAAUAUAGUUUCUGUACAACUGCAACGUUUAUUAGGAUUGAAUGUAUUUGCGGAAGGUAUGGAUACUUGUGAGACCGUCAAUGUAAUUGAUCAGCGUGUAGCCCACCUAUCAUCAGAUGCUAGUGCUAAAGCGGAGCUGAUAAUGAAAUACAGGAGUGGUGGUAAUCUUGCAGUUAGACAACUAUCCGAAAGCCGAACAACAACAGCUUCUGAUCCACCGCUAAGUUCAUCAACUGGUAUUAAUCAGUUGCCGUCAGUGUUGUCAUCCACAAUGAGAAGGACGCCCAUCAACUCAAGUAUCUUGUGCAAUGACUAUGAUAGUAUUGGUGCAUUUGAAAAGACGAAGGAUAUUGCCCAGUUUAGUGAGGAUAAGCCAAGUGUAAACGAGAGAAUAAUUGUUAAAUUUACUUGCAUGAAUACAGGCAUUUCUAGUUUCAAGUUACUAUUCGAAUGCUAUUAUCACCCUAUUCUUCAGGAACAGCAAUAUACAAAUUAA